AACUCCUGAAAAAAUAAAAACAUGAACAAUUUUUUCAAUUUGUGAACAAUUUUUUAAAACGGGAACAUUUUUUAAAGAUUGUCAAAAAUUUGAAAAAAAAAUUCAAACAUUUUCUGUAAAACAAGAACAUUUUUUGAAAAUUCCAGAACAAUUUUCGAAGAUUUCAAAAAUGCGAAUAAUUUUUAAAAAAAUGAACAUUUUUGGAAUUUGUGAACAAUUUUCAAAAAAUGCGAACAAUUUUUUAAAAGAGGAACAUUUUUUAAAUUUAUGAACAAUUUUUUAAAAGACGAACAUUUUUUGAAAUUAUGAUUUUUUUUAAAACGGGAACAUUUUUUGAAAUUUUCAAGAAUUCUCGACAGAUGGUCUUUAAAAAAAUAAACUUUAAAAAUAAAAUAAAGGAAAACGCAAAAAAACAAACAGAAAAAAAUAAGAAAGAAGAAAAAGAAACAGAAAAGCGGAAAAAGAAGAAAAGAAAAAAGACCAAGAAGUAGCACGGUAAUCCAUCAGUAGUGGGCUGGCCCAUGUAGCUCACUCGCUCGGUCGCUCCUGUUUCCUGUGCGUUCCUUUGACAAUUUGCCGCAAUUAGCGUUAAAUAGGAUAUUCCCUACAAUGCUACUCCCUCAGUCCCAUAAUAUAAGAGCGUUUUUUACACUAUACUAGUGUAUAAAAUGUUCUUAUAUUAUAGGAUGACGUUUAUCAAUGACUAUCAAUAUCGACUAAAAGUAAGUAUUUCCAACUAGUAUAAGCUAUGAAGUCCCUCUUAGAUAGUUGGACGUUCUGUUUGCUUCUUAAGCUAAUGAGCUAACAAUGGUGGCGUUCUGUCGACACCUGCUGAUAUUUCUUGACCACUCCACCGCGAUAUACACUUCGAUCGCAUGCACAGCGUUACAUUGCUUACAACGAAAUCGCAGAUCAUUACCACUGACAUGCAUCCACCCACCUCUCACCAACUGCAGAUGCCAACGGCGCCGACGCCCCGCCUCAGACCGAAGCGGGCCACGGCGCCCCUCGAUGCGGCCGCGAGAGCCCGCCUCGCCGCUCUCCCCAGAAGCGACGACAGCAGCGGCAGCGAGCACGAGGCGGCCGCACUCUCCAGCCUCAUCAACGAUUACCUCCUCGAGACGGACGCGACAGUCCCGUCGGCCACCCUCGCGGUGGAAGGCUCCUCUGAUCUGGAUGACGAGCCUAACGGCGACACCAGCUCAACGGCGGCGGCCGACAUGCUUGCGGAGAUCAAGGACAAUCUUGACCCAACCGGUAGCAGUGCUGACGAGCUACGCCGCCGGCUCGUCUUUGCCGUGGCGGAUGCCAUGCGAGGGUUGGAUGAUCUGCGGCCGAACCAGUCGGCUUUCCGGCGCGCCGUGAUGUCCCGCCUGCGCGAGCGUGGCCACGACGCCGGCCUGUGCAAGGUGCGUUGGGACAAGUCGAGUGGCGUGACCGCCGGGAGCUACGAAUACAUCGACAUCGUCGCUGGCGGGGACGAGACAAGGUACAUCGUGGAUGUCGGCUUCGCGACGGAGUUUGAGGUCGCACGGUCGACCGAGGAGUAUGAGGCAGUUCGGACGGCACUACCGGAAGUGCUGAUCGCGCGCCCGGAGCACCUCAGGCAGGUUGUGAAGCUUGCAGCGUCCGCAGCACGGCGCUCGCUCAAGAGCAGCGGCCUCAGUGUGCCGCCCUGGAGGAAGAGGCGGUUCAUGAUGACCAAAUGGCUCGGGCCCUACAAGCGGACGGUUAACUCUAUUCCGGCACCAGCGGGUACGGCAUUAGGCAGCAGUGGCGUGGUGGCCGUCUGCCGGACCAUAGUUGGCUUCGCCCCUCAGACUACCGUGGGGACGUCGUCAGGCUUUUGGGGGUGAGGUGUGGUUGGAAUUUGAAAAAUGCUAGUAUGUAAAGUUUGCAGAUUGCAUGGUAGAUCGCUAGGGGUUUGAUUUAGAGAAAUAGAAAUGCACAUAUUUAUUGGAGUAUUAAAUUGUUUUUUAAGGAACGAGUAUUAAUUUGUUAGGUCACUAGAUAUUUGUUGUCUUGUUGAUACUUUGAUUUCCUUAAUCUUGUAAUAUUUAUAUAGUUCUUAUAUAAAACUAGUAAAAA